AUGACGGCGGUCACCAACCAAGCCGCUGCGACCGCGACCGAGUCUGCUACUGGUACCAAUCUUGAUGCUGUAGAGGAAGAAGCAAAAGAAGAGAAAGCCAAGACGCAAGGCGAAAAGACGCGACAAUCUGCCAUGUCAUUUGCAGACGAUUUGAUCUGUCCCAUCAGUCUUGAGUUGCCUUGGGAACCCGUCAAGCAAGACGACAAAUUGGCCUUUCAAUGGGUAGAGAAAGCGCAUUUUGCAGGUAGUGUGAUUGCAACAGGAGCAAUGGGUCUCUAUUAUCUGGAAGGUACGGGUGUGGAGAAGUGUCUUGAUUUGGGCAUCAUGUAUCUCACCAUGGCAGCAGGCCAAGGUUCGGACUGGGCAGCAUAUGCUUUGGGGGUUACAUUUUCCAAUGGUAGCCAUGGAGUGGUUGUGAAUAAAUCAGUUGCCAUAUUGUGGCUCGAGAAGGCUCUUGGCGAAUGUACUCACCAGGAUCUGACAGAUGAUAUGAAGAAGGACGGUGAGAAGCUGCUCAAUGAGCUCAAAGCCAAUGAUAUCAGUUCCAUCAAUCCCUAG